GAAAUACAAAGAAGCUAUUUUUAAAUUUUCCAAAACCCACAGGAACUUUGUCUCUUACAAUAAAUAAUCUGAUAGUCACCAGUUAUGGACGCCCAUGGUACCUUCUUUGGUCAAACCAUGUAUCCUAGAGAGAGUUACUCAACUGCAGGAAUGAUGCCAUUCGCAAAUCAGCAAUCAGCAUGUGUUUAUGCCAGGAACUGUUCGCAAGGUGUCUUUGGUGGUCAUGCUAUGGCUGUGGUGGAACAAUGUCUUCUACCACCAGAAGAUUCAACAAAUGGUGUUACAUCGAGUCAGAUUUCACCAGAGAUCAGCAACAAUCCGCAGCAUGGUGGUUCUCCCGGUUCUCAGAAUCCUCGCCACAAUCCGAUACCUGCUCACAUUCAGACCCCUGUGAUUAGUGCACCUGUUGCUAUGGAUGUUCCGCCUCCCGCUCACUCACAAUCUCACCGGAUCGGUGGCCAUGACAGGGACCAGUUACAGUUUCCCUGGAUGAAGACUACAAAAUCUCACGCUCAUCAAUGGAAAGCACAGUGGCCCGGUAAUUUUCUGUCGUUUCCUAGAAGCCUACUCAUACAAUGAAAUUGAUUUAUCUUUACAGGAGCGCAGUUCACCAUAGAAGACGAAAACAAGCGAACAAGAACAGCUUACACUCGGGGUCAACUUCUAGAAUUGGAGAAAGAAUUUCAUUAUAAUAAAUAUAUCUCAAGACCUCGACGUAUCGAACUGGCGGCCAUGUUGAAUUUAACUGAACGACACAUCAAAAUCUGGUUCCAAAAUCGAAGAAUGAAAUGGAAGAAAGACGAGGCUAAGCAGCGACCUCUACCGUUAGAAUUAUCAUGCGCGUCACCUUCCUCUCCGGGAAGUCCGUGUCACCCUGGAAACGACGAUAACGAGGACAAUAACGAUAAAAACAACCCAGUGAAAAAAACUAUACCUCGGGAUGAAUUAGUGUCUUCUCUGAACUCCUCGACAAUAAUUCGUGAGAAACAUUCGAUUCAAACUAUGAAUCCCUCUUCAAAGAAGAAAAUAAAUUUAAAGGAAGAAGCAAAAUAGUGAAUGUAUAAAAUUAGACGAUUGUUUA